UCUUGAUGAUACAGACGGCUGAACAGUAUGAGUUUCUACAUAAGGCGGCUUUUGUAGCCUUGGUGUGUAUGAAAACAACUGUGGAAUCUUGUGAUAUCGGAGAAAGAAUUAAAUUUCUACACACUAAAACAAAGUCUGGUUUAAGUAAUAUGCAGAAAGAAUUUGAGGCAGUUUGCGGCUUGUGUCAAAAUGUGGAUGAUGGUCACAAAGAAUCUGAUGUAGGUGAUGUUUACCAGAACACAAGUACUGCAGUCAAACAACAGAAGGACAGAAAUACAAAGAUUUUACCACACAAAAUGUACAGAGCACAGCUUUUCAAAGAUACAUCUAAUGAAAGUGAUUACAUAAAUGCUGUUCUAAUUUCAAGUUUCAGAAAAACUAGACAUCAAAUUUUAACACAGCUUCCACUCCCUUCAACUGUGGUUGACUUUUAUAGACUGGUAACUCAGUACGGAGUGUCUCUGGCUGUGGCGUUUGAUGGGGAUGUUCAGUCACAAGAUUACACAAUAGGAAAUUACUUCCCUGUGAGUACCACCGAACCAUUAACUUGUGAACCUUUUGUGAUUUCAACCAGUGAAAUCAAGAGAGAUAAUAUCCUGGAAGAGCAGAAACUGACGAUCACCAAAACUUCACAGGAAAAAGAGACACAUACAAUGUCUCAUGUAAAAUCUUCGAUCAAAGAACUUGAUCCAAGAAAACUUUAUCAAAUAACUCAGAAGAUUAGGUCUCAAGCAUCUAAAUUUAAUGGGAGGGUUUUGUUCAUGUGCAGUGAUGGAGCAGAAUGGAGUGGUUUGGCAAGUGUUCUCACACUGUUGUUGGAUAGAAUGGACCACGACCAGCGUCUAACUGUUCCACUUGUUGUUGGUGCUAUCAAGAGUGUACGGCCAGAAGUUAUUUCAUCAUUGAGUCAGUAUGAAGUGUUGUAUAAAGUGUUGGAGAGAUACCAUGAGGUGACAUCUUCAUACAACAAUGUUGGUGAUGUCAGUAUUGUGCCAAUUAUUCAGACAAGAGAGAGUGGACCACAUGAAGACUCUGGGAAUGUGUACGCAAACAAUGAUGUUACAACAGCUGUUUAAAUAAUGCAUGUGUAUUCACUAUAUCAUACAAUGAAUCGUCACAAUUUUAGUUCGAGAGCUAUGUAGCAACGAAAAUUCAAAGCUAGUUUGUUGUCGAUUUUAAUUAUGAUGCUUGCGAAUAUUUAAUCUGUUUUUAAAUGUCAGGUCAAAAAUAUCUGAAUGUUGGAUAAGUGUAGAUAUGUAAGUGUCUAAGUCUAGACAAGUAUAAGUGGUCUUUUUCUACACGCCAAAUAUGUUGAUGCAUUCCAACUUGACUUGGGCAGAAAUGCCAACUUUUCAUUAAACAAUAUGUUAAUCUAUAUUCUACUAACAC